CAUGACUUCCGGACUUCCUGUGUGUGCGCGUGUGUGACUUUAGCUGACCUGAGCCGACUUGUGUGAGUGAAAUAACGCUGUCAAAAUGUUAAUUUUGUCAAACAGGAUCAAGUUUUGCUCUCUUGCGUUUAAUGCCUUGCGCCUGUGCAGCAGCGGCCCSGCAGCUGCCAUCAAAAACCCCAUUGUUUUCUUUGACAUUGCCGCGGACCACGAGCCGCUCGGCAGAAUUACUUUUGAGCUCAACGCUGAUGCCGUGCCAAAAACCGCAGAAAACUUCCGAGCGUUGUGCACAGGAGAACGUGGCUUUGGUUAUAAGGGAUCCAUUUUCCACAGGGUGAUCCCUCAGUUUAUGUGCCAGGGCGGAGACUUCACCAAUCACAAUGGAACUGGAGGGAAGUCCAUUUAUGGACACACGUUUCAGGAUGAGAACUUCAAGCUGAAGCACACCGGACCUGGUAUCUUGUCUAUGGCCAAUGCUGGACCCAACACCAAUGGAUCCCAGUUCUUCAUUUGCACCGCUAAAACUGACUGGCUGGACGGCAAGCAUGUUGUCUUUGGCAGCGUGAAGGGGGGAAUGGAAGUGGUCAAGAAAGUGGAGUCCUACGGUUCACGCUCUGGGCGACCRUCCAAAAAAAUCAUGAUCACGGACUGUGGAGAGCUCCAGUAGACAUAUUUGCAUCUGCUGUAAUCUUUACAGAAUGGUCCGGUCUACAUUCAAGGCACAGAGUACUACCUCGCUUUGGUCAGAACUGAGUAUCACUGAAAUAUAGUAAGUAGUACCCGGUACUAAAAAGUGUUGGAUUAUUUCAGGUAACAGCGUGCACUUUCAGUGUCGUGCUAAAAAAUGUGAAUUUGAGUUGUAACGUGGUGGUUUUAGGAGCAUUAUUUGGAGAUUUUUAAAAUGUACCAUUUAUUAGAAAAAAGUCACUUUGUGUACGUGAGGUUGAUUUAUGAACUUGAAUGUCAAAUGCGAUGUUUUGGUUCUGAGUCUACUGAAAUAAAACCAAUUGAGGAAAGAUUUUUAAAUACAA